AUGGUAAUUUUACCGAUACAGGAACCACUCACUGUAACUCGCUACUUUCAGGCAGGAUACAAGUCUCGAUCUGAAAAUCGUGCUCGUAAAGCUCUGCGUACGAUCACGUUCAUCUUGGGUGCAUUCAUCGUGCUGUGGACGCCGUUCUACGUACUGGCCACCAUAUACGGAUUUUGUGAAAGUUGUAAAAGCUCACCAGCCUUCAACAUGCUCUAUUCGAUCAGCUACUACUUGUGCUACAUGAAUUCGCCAUUAAACCCGUUCUGCUAUGCUAUGGCUAAUCAACAAUUCAAGAAGACGCUCACACGCAUAUUUAAAGGCGAUUUUAGACGUAUGUAG